AUGGCUGCGCUGCUCCGCCGCGGGGGCCGCAAUGCUCUCAGUGCACGGCACCUCCGCGCGUCAUGGCAAGCUGCAGGUCUGUAUCGCAGUCUGCACUCUAGCUCGGACCCCCCUCCCGUGAGCUCAGUGCAGUCGUCGCCCUACGCACAAACGCACACGACCAGCAGCGUCAUCAACUUUGGCCUGGGUCAGCCUUCCGCGUCGCUGCUACCUCUGGAUACGUUCCGAGUCACUGCAACCGCUCGCUUUAAGCCGACCCAGGACCCGUUGAUGCUGCAGUAUGGGGUCGCCAAAGGGUUCAUUGGCUUCCGAGAGGAGAUCGCCAAACUCGUGGCAGGAGCCGACGCUGUCGACCCGGAGACGCUGAUGGUCACUGCGGGCAACUCGCAAGCCAUCUCACACGCCGCAAUGGUGUACUCCAAGACCAACAAGCGCGUGUUUGUGGAGGAACCGACCUACUUUCUGGCGCAUGAUAUCUUCCGUGAGCUCGGAUUGGACUUGAAAGGCGUCCACGCAGGAGAGGACGGCAUUGACCUGGACGUGCUGGAGGACAAACUCGCGGGUGGAGACGUCCCUGCGUUCCUGUACACGAUCCCGUUCUUCCACAACCCAACGGGGGCUGUGAUGUUGCCCGACCGUUGCAAGCGUCUUGUUGCUCUGGCGCAGAAAUACCAGUUCCGUAUCAUUUCGGACGAACCUUACAACCUCCUGCACCUGGACGGUGGUGCGUUGCCAUCGCUUGCGUCCUAUGAUGAUUCCGUGCUGGAGCAAGACCUGCUACUGCCUCACAUUGACCAUUUGAAGAGCGUUUUCCGAGUUCGCAAAGACGCCAUGUGCGAUGCUCUACGCGAGUAUUGCCCCGAGGUCGCAUUUACGGAGCCGAGUGGCGGAUACUUUGUGUGGGUGCACCUGCCCGACGGCGUGAAUGCUGACACACUGCUGAAGGAGUCAAUGGCCCACCACGGCGUCGCCUUCACUCCCGGCACGCGGUGCUCGCUCGGGACUCUCUACGGCGAUGGUGACGGCGGAGUGCCGUCCAGCGAGGCCAUGACGCGUUCCGCGCGCCUAUCCUUCGCCUUCUACGACGAAGAAGAGAUCCGCACGGGCGUCCAGCGGCUGCGGGGCGCACUCGACAGCUUGGACUGA